AUGCUGCCAAAGAAGCACCCAGAGGCAGCAGCCCCCAUGUCAGCCGAGGACGGGCUCCUGCUGCUGGAGAAACAAGUGCUGGCCGAGGAGCAAGCAGCCAAGACUAAGGCGGAGCUGCUCAGCCGGUUCCUGAAGGACAAGCUGGCCAAGGAGAAGCACAGCAGUGCCCUGAACCUCCACAAGCUCAAUGCACAAUGGCGAGUGGUGCUGCGGGAGGCCAAGGACAGGGAGCUGCACCAGGACAUCCAGAUCCUCAGCCAGACCUUUGCACAGGUGAUGGAUGGCAAGGACAAUGUCAUUGAGUCCUUGGCCACAGACCUGGAGGAAGCAGAGGAGCAGCAGGCCCAAGCACUGCACAGCCACCUGCACAACAUCGACUGCCUGCUGCAGCUCCAGCGCUGCCGCCUGAGGUGCCUGGAGGAUGGGUAUGAGGCCCAGCUGGAGGUGCUGAAGCUGGAGUUUGAGGCUGAGAGGAAAACCAUCCUGGAGCAGCAUGAGCGAGAAAGCUGCUCCUUGCAGGACAUGGUGCUGGCCACAGAGCAGAAUUACAUCAAGAACUACCAUGAGGCUGAGCAGAAUUUCCAGAGUGUCCAGGCUGAACUCAAGAACAAGAACCUGUUGGAGAAGCAGUACAGUCAUGCACAGGUGACCAACAAGCUGGAGGUCCUCUGGGAGAAGUUCCAGAGGGCAGCACAGAGCUAUGCAGAGGCCAGCGAGCACCCAAAAAUCGCUUUGAAGGCGCUGAAGCAGAAGGACAAGAAGACCUCCAUGGACAUCACAAUGCAGACCAAGAAGCUGAAGAAGCUCCAGGACUUGGUGAUAGCCACUAAGGGCCAGCUUGCAGCUCAGCGCUUGGAGAGUGAGGAGCAGACCAAGCAGGGGCAGGAGGAGAAGGAAAGAGUCUUCGGGAAGCUCCUGGAGCUCCAGAGCAAAAUGAACCAGGCCAGGACCAAGGUGCAUGGGGACCUGGCCAGGCUCAUCCUGCAGAGCAACACUGCCCUGAAGACACUUAGGAAGGUGGUGGAGAAGGCCCAGCAUGUCCUGAGGCUGGCUGAGAUGUGCCACAGGCUGGAGACAGAGGAGGAGAAGGUUCUGCCCUUCUACUCUUCCCCACUGGCAGAGGGGGAGCAGCAAGAUGCCCAACGAGUCCUCAAGGAAACACCCACAGAACCCCUGGCCCAGGCCUUGCAGGACUAUGUGGGGCUAGAGCUCUUGUGGCAGUGCUUCAACAAGGCCAAGCUGGAGGAGCAGGCACUGGGCCAGGAGCAGGAGGCCCUGAGGAAGAGGAACCGGUGGCUGCGGGAGCUGCUUGGGCAGUACCUGGGAGGGAUCUCGGGCAACCAGGAGGUGCCAGGCGAGCCCAACCCACUCCUCACCAUUCAGCACAUCCCCAGGGACUUGCCCCAUGCUGGAGGGGACUCUGCACAAGAUCACCAGAGUGAUGCACAUCCCAGCAGCCUUUUGAGAGGUGACAAAAGCCUGGACUGCACCCACAGCUCUCCUGGCAUCAGCUGA